CUGCCCCCGAGGUCCCGCCCACAGGAAGUGAAGAGUAAGGAGAGAGAGCGAAAAGGGAGGUCUCCGGAACGAAGGCGAGACGAGAUGAGCCCACAACGGCCGCCACCCGAUAAUAAGAGAUCAAACAUUGAGCGAGAGAAAGCUGCACCAAAACGCCGUCACGACGCCGCCUCUCCGUCUCCUGCUCCUCAAAUGGAACGAAGGAUGAGAUCAGGAAGCAAAGGCAGAGAAAAUGACAAGACUAGAGGGUCUGAGCGAGGAAGGAGCUCACGGAGCCGCGACCUGGACAGACGGCAACAUGAACCCGAAAGGGGAGAGGGAUCCAGGAGCAGGGAGGAGAGGAGGAUGGAAACGAGUAGAACUAAACGAUCUAGAAGUCGAGAGAUGGAGAGACAUAAACGACAAACUGAUAGAGGGAGGUCAAGAAGUAAGGAGGGGCAGAAGGAGCAAAGUAGAGAAAUGGAGAGAGGGAAAAAUGCAUCACGUAGAGAAGAGAAGAGCGAUGUUAAACAAAAACCUAAAAACAGACAUGAUACUUCAUCAUCUCCCUCCCCCCCUCCUCAAAGCAAAAGAGGGGAAACAGUGAUGUUGAGGAGGUCUAGAAGCAGAGAGGGUGAGAGAGGGAGGAGACAGAGAGCAGAGGAGGAGAGGAGAGAUUUGGACAAAAUGAAACCAAGCGCAGUACCACAAAGAUCUAGACAUGAUUCUUCAUCCUCCUCUUCAACAUCAUCAUCAUUGUCGUCAUCUCAAUCACCAUCCCCUGCUCCUGUUCAAACCAGACUAGAGCCAACAAAAAGCAAAUGGAGUGAUGAAAAAGGACAGAAAGAAAGAAGUAGAGAGAGGGAAACAAGAAAAAGCAAAGAUGAAAAUGGAGGAAGACUGGAAAGAGCUAGAAGAUCGAGAAGUAGAGAUAGGAAGGAUGCAGAUAGACCAAGUGCUCCUCAAAGAAGUAGACAGGAUUCCUCGUCAUCUCGAUCUCCUCCUUCAAAAAUUCAAACACGGGAAGAUUUGAGGAGUAGAGACAAAGAUGGCAGUAACAAAAAAGCUAGGCAUGAUUUAUCCUCCUCACCAUCACCGCCACGUCAAUCGAAACAAGCCCCAAAGAAGAGAGAGGAGAGGGAAAGCAGAGAAUUGGAAACAGGAAGGGGGUCCAAGAGUAGGGAGGGAGAUGCUAAAGAUGUGGCUAAAAGUGAUAAAAGUAGCCGCAAAAAUCGACAUGAUUCGGCCUCUCCUCCUCCUCUUCGAUCAUCGCAAGGGUUGAGGAGAAGUGGAGAGAAGGAUGGGAACAAGAAGGCAAGACAUGAUUCGUCUGCGUCACCGGAAAGACCUAAAGAUACAGGGAGGAGAGAGGUGACAUCGCAGCAGAUUAGAAAGGAAGAACCAAGAUCCAGGGAAGGGCGGCAAAUUUUUUCUGAAAGGCAAGAUAAAGAUUCACGGGAGGAGAGGAGUAGGAGAGGAGGAGAGGGGGCUGGGAGAGAGGUACAGAUGACUAGGAGUGAUAAAGUGGAGGUGGAAAGGAGAGGUGAAAGAGGAGAGGAGAGAAAGAGUGAGAGAGGAGAGGGCGAGAAACACAGGAGUGAGAGGGUGGAGGAGGUAGAGAGAAGGAGAGAGAAAGUGGAGCUGGAGAGGAGGAGCAAUAGAGGAGAGGAGGUGGAGAGACAGAGGAGCGACAGAACAGAAGAGGUAGAGAGGAGAAGCAAUAGAGGAGAGGAGGUAGAGAGGAGGAACAAUAGAGGAGAGGAGGUGGAGAGACAGAGGAGCGACAGAACAGAGGAGGUAGAGAGGAGGAAGGAGAGGGUGGAGGAGGUGAAGAGGAAAGAGAAGGCACCAAGUCCUAAGAAGAAACCCGGUGAUAAGUCACCUCGUGAGAGCAGCAGCAGUAGUAGCAGCAGCAGUAGCAGUGAUAGUGAUGACUCCUCCUCUUCGUCAUCUUCAUCUUCCUCAUCGUCGUCCUCAUCGUCGAGUUCCUCGUCUGAAGAUGAAGGUAAAACAUCUUCAGAUAAAGCCAGAGAAGCUGCGAUUGGAGCCGCUGUCCAGAAACAUUUCGCAAAUGGCCGAAAAGAGAGUCCUGAAGCGGCCCGACACCUGCAGAGUGACAGGGACCACAGGAGUGAUAAGACUGACAGGGACCAGAGGAGCGACAGGGCGACAAGGAUCAGAGUUCAGGUUCUCGGGGCAGAUGGGCAGGAGCGGUACAGCCCCUCACAGGGUUGACAGUCCUAGCCCCCCUCCUCCUCCACCCCAGAAGCACUCCCCACCCCCCACUGAGGACCCGAGCCAGGGCCAGAGACCGGGAAUCAGAUAGGAAAAGCUCCAGGUCGAGUCCUCAGGCUAGACGCUCUCCUCCAUCACAGAAAAGCUCCCCUCCACCACAUCGCCGCACCCCCCCCGAGACAAUACCAGGACCCUCCACCAAGGCAGUACCAGGACCCCGCACCAUCAAGGGGAAGGCGGGGCUCUCCUCCCAAAGGCUGGUCUGAGCGCGACAUGAGAGCGAGAG